AUGAAGAAAAACAUUGGUAAAUUGAAGCAGUGGACAAAUGAAAAAUUGGGGUCUUCGCAAAAAACCGAGACCACCGAUGAGUUCCAAGAUUUACAACAAAAGACUGACAUGAGACAUAACGGAUUUGAUAAACUCCAUUUCGCCACAGAUACCUAUAUCAAGACCAUAUCAAAGAAGAAAGAUUCGAUUGAAGAGAAAACCAAAACACUUCCGAUUGAGACGCUCGGUUCUACCAUGCGAGUUUAUGGCGAAGAAAUCGGAACCGAUUCCCCUUACGGUUUGGCAUUGGUUAGGUUUGGAAUAGCCAACGAAAAAGUAGCUAAUGCACAAUUAGAAUAUGUGACUCGAGUUCGAGAAGAAUUUCUUGAAGGACUCGAAUUUACGAUAAACGAUUUACGGCAGUAUCAGUCACUCAAACGAAAACUUGAAUCACGACGACUUGACUAUGAUGCAAAACUAAGCAAAGUACAAAAGUCUAAAAAAGAAAAACCCGAAUUAGAAGAAGAAAUGCGUGCGGCAAAACAAAAAUAUGAGGAAACAAUCGAAGAUAUGAGUGAUAAAAUGACUGCGGUACAUGAAUCUGAGGGCCAGUACGUGCAAGAGCUCACAGCAUUUCUUGAUGCAGAGCUGGAAUUUUUCAAAAAAGGACACGAAAUUCUUUCAGCUGUUCGUAAGGAUUGGAUUGAAAGUGAAUCUAAAUUUGUUGUAAGACGUACUCCUGCGCGUAAAAAUACUCAAGAUUCUGAUCGAUCACGCUCAGAUAUCGAAGAAGAAGAAAAAAAAUCAGACAACGAUAGUAUUCGUUCGUCUAAUUCAACGCGCGAUUUUCGAAAAGGAAAAAAAGUUUCUUCCCCAAGUAGAUCGGCAAGCUCUAAACUUCCUGCACAAUCAAAACCGGAUAGAUCGGAUAACCUUGCUAUUCCAAGUUCAAAAUCGCGCGCUGGAAGAACAUCCACUUCUCCCACUCCAUCAAAAUCAAUAGAUAUACCAAAUAAAAAUUCAGCUUCGAAAAAAUUUGCCAUUUCAUCUUUGAAAAAACAAGUAAGAACUUUAUAUAGUUACCAAGGGGAAGGAGAAGAGGAGCUCUCAAUGGAAGUCGGGGAUAUCAUUACAGUAUUAGAAGAAAUUGAUGAAGGAUGGUGGAUCGGUGAAAUCACUACUGCUGAUGGGACUCUUUAUAAAGGAAUGUUUCCUGCAAAUUAUACAGAACCGGUUUUAGUUGAAUCGCCACCUCGAAAGCCUUCCCCACCGUCGCGUAAUAAUUCAUCUAAAUCUGUACCAACACGUCCACAAUCGCAAAGAUCUUCAAGUGAAAAUACAUCAAGACGUUCUCAAUCAACUCCGCUUUCUGCUAAUAUACCACCUGUUCCAUCACGAAACUCAAAACCACCACCACCAUCACGUAAUUCUUCUUCAAGUCGUCCUCCGCCACCCCGACCUGGAGGAUUCAAAUCUAAUGAGAGCUCUGCGCUGGGAAAUAACUCCCGAAAUUCUUAUAUACCACAAGAUUAUUUUGAGAAAGAUACACCAACAGCAAAUGUUGCUGCUUGUGCAGAGUGUGGCUGCAAUGAUUACUCACCGAAUGUGUUUAAAAAAGGCAGCUGUAACAAUUGUUUCCAUAAACAUUAA